AUGGGUUGCAAACAAUCAAGAAACACCCAAAAUGAUGCUCUCUCUCUCUGCAAGGAGCGCAAGAAGCUAAUUGAGGAAGCAAUUGCCUCAUGGCAGGCCUUGGCAACUGCCUACUCCGGCUAUAGCUUGUCCCUCAAAAACAUCGGGGCUGCUCUAGGCGACUACAGUCAAGGAAUCAUCAAUUAUAUCCAUCAGUCCUCAAGAAAAUCCUCCUUUAGCUUUCAAGUCCUUAAUCCUACAAACGAAAGUCCCACAUUCAAUAUCCCUACAAGCCCUCACUUCUUGUUAUCCCCAAUACUAGAGAUCGAAGAGGAGAGCUACGGCAGCAAUGAAGCAACAGAAUCCACUCCCUUAAUUGUUCACAAUCAAGAAGUACAUUCUCAGGUUGAUCGAGAGCAUGCGAAGGUUAUUACGGAGAUUAUGAAUGAUCUUGAUCAGCAUUUUCUUGAAUCGUCCAAGAACGCUCACCAAAUCUCGGAGAUUCUCGAGGCUCCUCAUAUUGGAUAUGAUUCAAGAAUUGACUACUCUGCUACGGUUAUGAGGGCUCUUACAUGGAAUAGCUCGUCCGAAGGUAUAGCAUCAGAUGAUUUCGAUAUCCAUGCUAGUAUUGGUGAAUUCGAAGAGAGGUUGUACAAAGAACUGAAGGCACUUGGGACGAUGAAAUAUGAGUAUGAGAGAAAGGUUGCUUCAUUGAGAAUUAAGCGAAAGGGAGCAUCUGAGAAGGCAAAAGACAAAGACUAUGCAGAAGUCACUCAUUUUUGUACAAGAUACAUUGUUGGUAAGGAUUCCUUACAAUUUGUUAUCUCAGAGAUUGAGCACAUAAGGGAUGAAGUCUUAUAUCUAAAGCUACUUAAACUUAUUGAUGUUAUGGCGAGAAUGUGGCAAUCUAUGCAUGAGCAUCAUGAAAGCCAGCUUAAGAUUGUUAUCAAUCAUGUAAGUGGAGCACUUGAUAAAGUUCUUUCUCCUAUAGUUACGAGCCAGCAACAUUGGGAAAGGAGUGCUUUGCUAUGGGAGCUCUUCAAAGAGUGGCGUUCACAAUUUCAAAAGCUUGUGAUUCAUCAGAUGGAAUAUAUUGAAGCUUUGUAUCGUUGGUCAGGCUUAACUGAAUCACGAACAUUUAGUAACUCGUUGAAGGAAGAAUUGUUGCAUAAACCAAUUCAGCAUCUUCUCGAAACAUGGAAAGAAGAGCUUGAGAAGGUUCCUUAUGAUCUAGGAAGUCAUGCUAUUUGUUGCUUCUCAGAUGUCAUUCAUAUGAUUAUGGUGCAUCAAGAGGAUGAGAUGAAUCUAAGAAAGAAAUGUGUGGAGACUUCGAAAGAACGUGAGAAGAAGGAAAAGCUGAGGGAAAAUUUGAAGCCAAAGCUUGAUAUGGAUGUGGAAUCCUAUGAAACUGCUUGUGAAAUGUUGAGAGAGAAGUCAGUAAGUAGUCUCACAGUUCACUUGGAAGAGCUAUUUAGGACUAUGUCGGAGUUUGCCCUUGCAUCUUCAGAGAUGUAUAAUAAGCUGAUCAUUGAUGGGUUCACGGAACCUACACCAGAAGUAGAAGCCACCUAUACCGGCGAAGAGAAGAAGACUCUCAGAGAGCAAAGAAAGAAGGAUAGCAAGGCUCGUUUUCUACUCUAUCAAGAGUUGGAUGAGUCUACCUUUGAGAGAGUUGUCGAAGAAACAACGAGCAAGGAAGCAUGGGAAAUCCUUGCUACCAUCUACAAAGGUGUCGAGCGGGUGAAGCGAAUUCACCUCCAAACUUUGAGGGGUGAUCUUGAAGCUGCUCAAAUGAAAGAUGAAGAAAAAAAUCUCCGAUUAUUAUUCACGAUUACUUCUAAUUGUGAAUAA